AGAGUAGCAACAAGCACAAGCGCGCCAGUCACAAACCUCCGCCCGAGCGGCACGCUGCGCCUGCGCAACAAGAGAAUACGGUUCGAAAUUCGAAAAACGAAAUCGGGAGUUCAGUGUUGUGCUUUAAUCUUCGCAGCAGAUAUAUCACAGUGGUUUUAUUUUAUAGUGUUGUGAACAUGUGAUUUUUGGAUUUCUGCAUUCGGAUUGCAAAUGCUCCCUUCAUGAUCUUGCGCGAUGGUGGCGGUGAAGCGAUGAGGCGGGCGGCGCGCUGGGCCCUUAUCUUCAUCACAGUCUCCGCGCUGCUGGGCCGCGGCGCCGCGCAGCUGCCCCCCGCCGACGCACCUAGUAAUGACACCCGCUGCGGCCCCGAAUGCCUCCGCUGCGGCGCGGGCGGCUGCGUCAAGUGUCCCCAACUGCUGGUGCUGCCGGGCGGCGCCUGCGCAGACCGCUGCCCCGCCGGCUCGCAGGAGGCCUGGGCGCAUGACGACCUGCUCAUGGGAAGGGUGUGCUACCCUGGCCAUGGGUAUAAUGAGCUGAUAAUAGGCGGGGCGUGCGGCCUGGUCCUCUGCAUCGCCCUGGUGGCCUCUGUGGCUGCCUACGCACGUUGCCGCUCCGCCCGCCCGCAGCCGCAGCCGCUGCCGCAGCGAAGAGAUGAUGAUGCCAUGCUCCGGGACUUCCAUAAGCAGCUGGACUGCUUGAGGCCUCAUGCCUACACGCUGCUGUCGAUCCUCAACCACACGCGGCACCAGGUCCGGGAGCUGUACCAGAUGGGCAACAACGAGGCGGCCGUGGCAUACAGCUGCGUCCUGUCAGACCUGGCGAAGCUGCUGAUCCUGCUGAAUAAGCAGUGCGUGCCCGUCGUGCCCGAGGAGUGGCCGCGCCUUGCGUGCUGGGCUGACAGAAUACUAAAGCGCUACGGACGCCUUGGUCACGACGAGCAAGGCCCAGUGGUGAACUACCUGCCGUCUCCCUCCAGCCAGGGCUCGGACUCGGAGACCACGCAGCAGUCCUUCUCCACCUUCAAGCCUCCGUCCUACUCGUCGCGGUCCUUCGACCCCACGCUAGACAAGGACAGCCAGAGCGAGUGGAGCGACGUCGGCAGACCGCCCAGCUACUCCCAGAUAGAGCGGGAAAGAGAAAGUAUUGUUCUCUCAGAUCCGUGGGAAAGGAGGCCGAUUGUGAGGAGGGAAAGCGUCUGGCUGGAAGACGAGAUUUUCGAAAACAUGAGGCGGCCACAGGAUGAGCUCACCACAGAACUGUAAAUAGGUUAUGCUCUCCUGAUUACGCGGCACGGGUCCGUUAUCGGAGUCGGUAAACAUUUCUAUAGGCGUUCCACCAAUCAGAGCGCUGUUUUUUUAUGGUGAAUCGCUAUAUAGCGACAUUUAUCUACUGGCCCCGUGCAGCGAGACUGGUCGUCGUAGGUAAUAUUAUAGGGACUUUAUUUAUUUGUGUAUAACUUGGUUAUAAAAAUACUAAGAAAAGUUGUGUACAGUUCAGAUACUAUCGAAGUUAUAUUCCUAUCUAUAGGUGUUUUUAAUGUUUUUAUACAAAUAAACUGCAAAUCCAAUGUUUUAUAGCAGCUUGUUUUUAAGUACCUACGUAUUUCAGAUAGAUUGCCUGUACGAAAAUCAAUAAUACAUUCUUAUAAUAAUUAUACCUGAUACAUAUCAUCAUCUGUGUAUUAUAAAAAAAAUAUUGAAGUUCUGUGAGAAUUACCUACCUACAAAUUCUGUCUCUUACUAAUAAGUUCGUUAAGAUAAGUUGUAAGAUAGUAUACUUUUAUGCGAUAUUAGUAUUAAAUAGUUAGAUAAGAUAUAAAAUAAACUAAACAAAAACAAUAAAAAGGGAUCCUCCAUUUAUGUAAUAUCUAAGUUUGUAAACUUUCUAUUAUUUUUUGUAUAAAAAUAAUAAUAUAUUUUCACCAAAGCAGAUAAAUUAAAUAUUUUCGAGUCUCUAUACUUAGCUAGUCUUCAAUUUUUUACCUACCUAUACUAUCUACCUACCUUAUAUCUAAAGCGUUCUACACACUGAACCCGGACGAUGCAACUACUUACCAAAUUUUAUGUGAAUCGAAAUUAUACGAUUUUAUAAGUAUGGAAAUUA